CCGGGGAUAAAGGCGGGCGGCGCGGGAACCCGCGCUGGGUGGCUGGGUGGUGGCACCGGAGGGUCCCUGAGCUGCGAGCUUCCUGGAGGCGCCAUGAGCUGCAUCAACCUGCCCACCGUGCUGCCCGGCUCCCCCAGCAAGACCCGGGGGCAGAUUCAGGUGAUUCUAGGACCCAUGUUCUCAGGAAAAAGUACUGAGCUGAUGCGCCGGGUCCGUCGCUUCCAGAUUGCCCAGUACAAGUGCUUGGUGAUCAAGUAUGCCAAAGACACUCGGUACAGCAGCAGCUUCUCCACACAUGACCGGAACACCAUGGAGGCACUGCCAGCCUGCCUGCUCCGGGACGUGGCUCAGGAGGCCCUGGGCGUGGCUGUCAUAGGCAUUGACGAAGGGCAGUUUUUCCCAGACAUCGUGGAGUUCAGCGAGACUAUGGCCAACGCCGGGAAGACCGUGAUCGUGGCCGCGCUGGACGGGACCUUCCAGAGGAAGGCAUUCGGAACCAUCCUGAACCUGGUGCCCCUGGCGGAGAGCGUGGUGAAGCUGACAGCCGUGUGCAUGGAGUGCUUCCGGGAGGCCGCCUACACCAAGCGGCUAGGCUCGGAGAAAGAGGUGGAGGUGAUUGGAGGCGCAGACAAAUACCACUCCGUGUGCCGCCUCUGCUAUUUCAAGAAGGCCUCGGGUCUGCCCGCCGCGCCGGACGGCAGGGAGAACAAGGAGAACUGCCCGGUGCUGGUGCCGGGAAAGCCGGGAGAGGCGGCGGGCGUCCGGAAGCUGUUCGCCGCGCAUCAGAUCCUGCAGUGCAGCCCGGCCAACUGAGGCUCCCUUUCUCGCGGCCGCCCCCUGCUGGCCGCCCCACCCCCACCCGAGGGCCGCCGCGCAGCCCUCCCCAGGAGGAAGUGGGGGGUGGGGCGAAGAUGGGACUUUCUGCCUCCUGGGUGCGGGGUCCUGGGCUGGUGGUCUGCAGGUCCCGUUUUCCCCUUUCUUGGUUCCCUUCCCAGCUGCUGGUCCACUCAUGAGCUCAGGGUCUGGCCACCGCCGUCACCCCCCUUUCCUCCUGUGGGGUGAGGGGCAGAACCGUACACUGUGGCGACAUCGGCGCCCAUGGCUUCUUCCCCCUUGUGGCUUUGACUGUUGGGUUUCUGUUCUCGCUGGGAAGUCCGAGCGCCAGAGCCUCCGGCGCAGACCGAACCUCGGCCCACGCAAAGGUUUCUGUCUCUGCUUGGGACUGAUUCCUGGCCUCCAAGGGCAGCUGGACUUGUGCCCUCCUGCUUCCGACACUCCGGUCAUCAUUUUCCCCAGAAUUACAGCCUCUCUCUCAUGGGAGACACUUACCCUGCUGGGGCUCAGGUCCCAGAGGCUUAUCUUUUAAAGAGGGGGGUGUUUGGGGCAGAGGCGACUAGGGUUGGGGUCUGUGAUUCUGUUGUAGCGUGUGAAUUAAUAACUAAUAUUAAAAUUGACAGGUUGGUGAAA